CUCAGCGUCCUUCACGUUCCUCGUUCCUUCUCUUUUCCUCUCCUGUUUUUUUUUUGGGUCUCAUCACUUGUUUUUCUUGGAAUUUUCAUUCUAUCUUAUACCCAUUAGCGUCUGAGAUGAGAGCGAACAAAAGGAGAGACGGAGGGGUUUGAUUGCUUCAAUCUCUCUUCCUGGUUCCAUUCCUGAUAGUUUCCAGUUUGUUCGAUUGUCUGAAAAAGGGACAAGCUUUUAUCUGUUCGAAAUUACAGUCCAUUGCUUGUUCGUUUCUCGGUGGGAUCAUCCGAAAAUGGGCAAUUGCUUAGAUUCAUCAGCUAAAGUAGACAGCAGCAGCCAGAGCCCUCAUGCGAAUUCUGAUUCAUCGGCCUCAAGGAUUUCCAGCAAGAAGGUUCCGUCAAGCUCAAUUAUGGAUUACAAGAGCAGCUCAGAAUGUUUGUCAACGCCAAGGACAGAAGGGGAGAUUCUUUCAUCACCAAAUCUAAAAGCUUUCGCCUUCAACGAGCUCAAGAACGCAACUCGGAAUUUCCGACCUGACAGUCUUCUAGGUGAAGGAGGUUUCGGCUACGUUUUUAAAGGAUGGAUCGACGGCAACACUUUCGCUGCUUCAAAACCCGGGUCUGGAAUUGUUGUUGCUGUUAAGAAGCUUAAACCAGAAGGCUUGCAAGGUCACAAGGAGUGGUUGGCAGAAGUGAACUAUCUUGGUCAACUUAGUCACCCAAAUCUUGUUAAACUGAUUGGGUAUUGUUUGGAGGGUGAAAACCGGCUUCUGGUAUAUGAAUGCAUGCCAAAAGGAAGCCUGGAGAAUCAUCUUUUCAGACGUGGAGCUCAGUCACUUUCAUGGGCGAUAAGGAUGAAAGUAGCAGUAGGUGCAGCCAAAGGGCUCACUUUUCUUCACGAAGCGAAAUCGCAAGUGAUAUACCGGGAUUUUAAGGCGGCUAACAUUCUGCUCGACGCUGAGUUUGAUGCUAAACUAUCGGAUUUUGGUCUGGCCAAGGCAGGUCCUACCGGGGACAAGACCCAUGUUUCAACUCGGGUCAUCGGUACUCAAGGUUAUGCAGCCCCUGAAUAUGUUGCAACAGGACGGUUAACAGCAAAGAGCGAUGUGUACAGCUUCGGGGUUGUACUACUAGAACUACUAUGUGGGCGACCAGCUGUGGAUAAAUCAAAAGUGGGAACGGAAGAGAAUCUCGUAGAUUGGGCAACCCCUUAUCUUAGUGAUAAUAAGCGUAAGCUCUUCCGGGUGAUGGAUACGAGAUUGGAAGGUCAAUACCCUCAAAAAGGAGCGAUAACAGCUGCAGAUCUUGCAAUGCAGUGCUUAAACCCGGACGCAAAGCUAAGGCCGAAAAUGUCAGAGGUUUUGGCUAAACUUGAACAGCUUGAUUCUGUUAAACCUGCAACCAAACAUGCCCAGAUGAAAUCUCCAAGAGUUCAUGCCUCUGGUUUACAGAAAUCUCCGGUUAGGUACAGUCAGAACCGGCCUCUGUUGCAUGCAACCCCAGAUAGGUCGCCUUUGCAGUCGUACAAUCACUCUCCCCUCGUAAGAUGAAAAAUGAAAGUUGAAGACAGUUUUUUUUUUGUCUGUUUGAUGGUGUGACUGAUACUGUUUGUGUAUAGAAAGCAGAUUUUGCCUCUGCAUCAGCUUGCUGUGUAUUUCAUCAAGACAUGGGCCUAUCCCUGCUGCUUGAUAAAAAUAUGCAAAGUUUCUUGCCGGA